AUGGCUGAACGACAGGCUUUUAUAACACUCAAGGACCACAAAGACAACUUCCAGAACAAACCUACAUGUAGACUUAUYAACCCUGCAAAAAGUGAAAUCGGACGCAUCAGCAAAGAAAUYCUCGCGAACAUUAACACRACUGUGAGACAGAAGACUGGCCUUAACCAAUGGAAAAACUCAUCAUCCGUCAUUWACUGGUUCUCAUCUAUUCAACACAAAGAUCAACACACCUUCGCCGUAUUUGACAUUGAAAACUUCUACCYCUCCAUCACUGAGAAACUACUUACAGACGCAAUCAACUUCGCCAAACAAUUCACUACCAUUACGGACCGAGACAUUGACAUUAUCAUGCAUUCACGGAAAUCCCUCCUCUUCAACAGUAACACUGCCUGGAUUAAGAAAAACAACAGCUCAUUUGAUGUCACUAUGGGCAGCUACGACGKAGCCGAAAUAUGCGAGCUUGUAGGCUUAUUCAUCCUCAACGACCUAUGUAACACAUACGGGAAAGACAACAUCGGACUUUACAGAGACGACGGACUUGCCAUCUUCAGAAACAUCUCCGGACCACAAGCUGAACGCACCAGAAAAGACAUCACAAGACGCUUCAAGACACAUGGACUUAACAUCACCAUACAAACUAACUUGAAAAUUGUUAACUACCUGGACGUUACUUUCGACCUAACAAAAGGUACCUACUGCCCCUACAGAAAGCCGAACAACGAACCACUGUACAUCAACACAAAGUCUAACCACCCGCCUAACAUAUUAAAGCAACUUCCAGCAUCCAUCAACCGCCGCAUCUCCGACAACUCAUGCAACGAACACGAAUUUAACAAGGCCAAACCAAUCUACGAAACUGCUCUGAAAGCCAGCGGACACUCUGCAACACUAAUAUACAACAAAGACAAUCAACCAGCACGC